CAACACACGAAACACAAACGGAGGCCAUGGCGAAGAAGCCCUGGGACUUUCCGAAGGCCGUUCUCUCCUUCCGUCGUUUCCUCCGGCGAUGCUUCUUCGGAGGCCGACACCACCGCCGCCCGACGUCGUCUUCGUCGUCAACGGGCGCAGCCAUGCCGCCGGCAGAUAAGCUGCACGACCAAACGGUGAUGGUUGAUCUCGAGUCGUGGCUCCUGAGGUCGCCAAUGUCGGCCUUCCCUUACUUCAUGGUCGUCGCCGUCGAGGCCGGCAGCUUCCUCCGUGGUCUCCUCCUGCUGCUGACGUACCCUCUCCUGUGCCUCCUCCCUGGCCGAGACAUCCGCCUCAGGGCCAUGGCCAUGGUGUCCUUCAUUGGGCUGCGCGAGAAGGAGGUGGCUAGGAUCGGCAAGGCGGUUCUACCCAAGUUCUUCCUGGAAGAGAUGGCCAUGGAGGGGCUCGAGGCGGUGAGGAACGCCAGGAAAGUGGUGGUGGUUACUGCGACGUUUCCGAGGGUGAUGGUCGAAGGGUUCCUGAAGGAAUACGUUGGCGUGGACGCCGUCAUCGGAAGAGAGCUCAUGGUGGUGGCCGGGCGCUACGCCGGGCUCAUCGUCGACGACAUGGAGACGACGGGAGGUUUGGUUGAGGAGGUGAUGGACAUGAAGAGUGGCAAGGGCGACCAAGCUGUUGGCCUUGCUGAAGUGGGCAGUAGGAUACACCAUCUGUUUUCUUAUUAUUGCAAGGAAACGUAUGAUGUAUGUGACGCCGACAAGAAGGAAUGGCAACCGGUGCCCAGAGACAAGUACCCCAGGCCCUUGAUCUUCCACGACGGCCGCCUCGCCUUCAAGCCGACGCCCUACGCGGCCAUGGCGAUGUACGCCUACCUACCCUGGGGCAUCCUCCUCGCCGUCUUCCGCAGCCUGGCCUUCGGCCUCCUCCCCUACCGCGUGUCCAUCCCUCUCGCCGCCUUCACCGGCAUGCGCUCACGGCUGAUCGCCGGCCCGACGGCCGACGCCACCCGGCGCGACGACGGGACGAGCGCCGCCGGCCGCCUCUACGUCUGCAACCACCGCACGCUGCUGGACCCGAUCACGGUCGCAGCCGGGCUGAACAAGCCCGUCACCGCGGUGACGUACAGCGUCAGCCCGGUCUCGGAGCUCAUCGCACCCAUCCGCACGGCGCGGCUGACCCGCGACCGCGGCGAGGACCGGCGGCGCAUGGAGGCGCUGCUGGCGCGAGGCGACCUCGUGGUGUGCCCCGAGGGCACCACGUGCCGCGAGCCGUACCUCCUCCGGUUCAGCCCGCUGUUCGCCGAGCUCACCGGCGAGGUGACCCCCGUCGCGCUGGAGACGCGGGUCGACAUCUUCUACGGCACGUCGACGAAGCCCGCGGCCAAGUGGCUGGACCCGUUCUACUUCAUGAUGAACUCGAGGCCGGAGUACCGCGUCGAGUUCCUGGAGCGCGUCAGCACCGCGCCGGCCGACGGCGAGGUGGCCGGACACGGCCACAGCAUUGCCGCCGCGAACAAGGUGCAGCGCGUGCUCGGCGAAGCGCUCGCGUUCGAGCUGACCGAGCAGACACGGAAGGACAAGUACUGGAUGCUGGCCGGGAACGAAGGGAACGUGAAAGGUGAAGCCAAGAAGUAGGCCGGUGUCAUCUGCUAGCUGUGAGCUCUGGAGAUAGUAUAUUGAAUUUACGUUCUAAUCUGUGAUCGGAUUCUUUAUUGCUUUUAUUUAUUUUUACUUCUUUCAGAUGUGUUGUUUUCAUCACAAACAUUCUUGUUUUUAUGUUUCCUGUAAACAACAUAAUAAAAUAACAUUGUACUCCCUUCUUUUACUAGAAUAGGCAUGCCAA